UAUAAAAUAUAACAGAAAAACAAUAUCUUCCCCGUGGGUUGCAGAAGAGUUACCACUUACCAGUUGUAUCAAGGCUAAUGGGGUUCUCCAUUCUGCACAGAAGAAGCAGCAGCAGCAGCUUCGCAGCUUAUGUCAAAUCCAAUCUCAUCAAAUUUACAGGACGAAUUAGGAACAUCACUAUUCCUGAGGAGCCAACUUCGAAUCUGCUAUCACUUGACUCCAGUCCUAGAACGCCGGUACUGGAAGUAAGGAGUUUUGGAUCACCAGAUGAUAGUUCAGCCAUGAGUUUGCCAUUGGCAAAAUACGUUAAUCUAAUCAACGGAUACGGUUGCAUUAGAGUCAUUGGAGUAGAGAAUAUGCGAAAAGGACCACAUUUUAAUCUGAUACCUGCCCGUAACUAUACAAAGAUAAGUGAGGACGUAGAUGAACAAACGUGGAAGGUGGAAGGUAGAGGAGCAAAAGGAUACAUGUCUGCGUCUAAUUUUCCCGACAUUCUUUUCACCGAAUAUAGGGAUUAUCUUGUCAAAUACAAUGGACAACGGGUCCAUGUGGAUCAAUUGGCAGGCAAGGUGGUGGUUUUAUUUUUUGUUCCAUUAACCCGUUUUUGUUCUUACACCAAACGGUGCAUGAUAUCCUUGGUGGACACAUACAAUUAUCUGCAACAGAACAACAAUUUUGAGGUCGUUUUCAUAGCUGUUGAUUCUAGAAAGAAGGAGAUAAGAUAUGGUCGUCGUAUUAUUGAAGUAGAGCCUUCGAAGCAUUUUGAAGAAUUAUUUUCUUGCAUGCCAUGGACUGCCAUCCCAUUGUCAGAUAUAACAGCUAGGAAACAUGUGCAACAAAGAUUUGGUAUCUCCGAUGUGUAUCAUAAUGCGAUUGUCAUUGGCACUAAUGGCGAGAUUUUGCAGACUAAUAGUUGUACUAUUUUUGAGACUUAUGGAGGUCAGGGUUAUCCUUUCACCGAUGCAAAAAUACUAUCCUUGAAAUCUCAAGAUGAUACAAUCGCAAAAAACCCCUCCUUGGAAGCACUCCUGGCCUCCCCGGAACGUGACUAUGUCAUCUCAAACAAAGGGGACAAGGUACCUAUCCACACACUUGAAGAAAAGGUAGUAGCCUUGUAUUUUUAUGAAGAUGGUUCUUGUGGUCAACUCACCGAAAAACUUAAGAUGGCUUACAAAGAACUGGCAAAAAAGAAAGAAAAUUUUGAGGUUGUUCUCAUUUACCUUUAUGACACCAUUUGUACUGAUGACCGUACAGAUGAAGGAUCAUUUUGGGAAAAAUUCAAGACUAUGCCUUGGUUGGCUCUUCCAUAUAGGGACCCGAAUUAUAGAAAGCUGUUGCGGCUUUUUUGUUUUCCUCGUGAAGAUUCGCUAUGUUUCACUACUACGCUUGUGAUUGUUGGGCCUCGUGGGGAAUUCAUUGAACCUUGGGGUGCCUGCAUGUUAACCUCAUAUAACAUUGAAGCAUUUCCAUUCACUCGUGAGAAAGUUGCCCAUUUAUUGAUUGAGAAGGUAAAGGAACUGAAGUUGGAAAAGCUAUGGGAUCCAAACACAGUUUUCAAAGGAAAAAAUGCAACCAAGGUGCAGCUCUCUCAACUUGCUGGGAAGAGAAUCAUACUGUUUUUUGAGGGUCAUACGUUUGACGAAGGUCGCGUGGAGUUCUGCGUGGAGUUCUUGAGGUUGUUGAAAGAAAUGUAUCUCGAUAUGAAGGACACAGAUGAUGAGUUUGAAGUGAUACAUAUCUCAAAUAGCAAAAAUGAAUCUUGCUAUGUUGAAGAUGUCCCGUGGUUGGUAUCGCCCGCAACGGAGUUGUUACCUGCUGAUUAUAGGUUGUAUUGUUGUUUCUGUCGGUGGACUCAGUUACAUCCUGAUAUCGGUAAUUGUUUGCCUGGUGACUGCCACGGGAAUUCUUCGAUUCUUGCCUUUGAUCAAGACGGGAGGCUCGUUAGGAAAUCUAUAUCUCUUACAAUCGAGCAUAGGCAUUUCCCAUUUUACGGGGGCAGUAUGGAGAAGGAGGCCUUUUUUGAUUACAAUGAGUAUUUUGAUUAUAAUGAGUUUUAUUUAGAAGAUGGUUAUCUUCAGCCAGUGUAUCAAGGGUUGCUGCGUAACUCAUACUGCCAUCAUGACCGAGUGCCAUAUCUUGAGAAUAUUAAGGCUGAUUGAUUUGUUUCUCAUAUGCGAUUAGGAAUUUGAUAGAUUUAUUAUUACUUUACAAUAGUGAGACAGUAGGAUAUUUAUCAAGUCAUUUCACUGACAAUCGAACUUUAAAAAAUUUCUUUCUGCAACCAUGAUAUGAAUUUAUAAAUGUCUGAGCUCCGCUUUCCUCUUUUGCUAAAUACUUGGUACUCCCUCCGUCCCAUUUUAACUGCUUUUGACUUUUUUACACGUAUUUUAAGAUGUUAAAAAAAUCAUAUCUAAACAUAAUCAUUCUUUAUAAAAUUUAUAUCACAUAAAAGUUUAGAAUCUAAACUUUAAUUUGAUAUAAAAAUUGAAUUUUUUUAUUAAGUGUAGAUAUAGGUUUUUUGCAUCUCAAUAUACGUGUCAAAAAGUCAAACAUCAGUUAAAAUGGGACAGAGGGAGUACGUUAUUAUUUUUUUAGAAGCCAAAAGAGAUAAUUAUGUCAAAUGCAUCAUGAAAACCAAAAGACUCGUUACAGUAACCAACCACUAGAGUGGAGAGACAUUAACUAUUAGAUAGACAAAAGCACAAGAGCGGGAAUUAAUCCUUGUCAGCUUACUAGACAGCUUAACAACCUGGAUUAAAACAAAAGAAUCAACAGAAACCUUGACCAAUUUGAUGGUUCGAUGAUUUUUUCAAGACACUCUGAUACAGCUAAAUGCCAGCUCUUUUCUACUUGUCUACAAGGCACAACACUGAAAUGGUUUAAUAGUCUCCAGCUCUUAAGACCAAGUUUAAAGGUCGUUUCUCCAGUAAUCACUGAUCAAGGUACAACCAUAUCCAAACGAAAAGCUACGGCGAUUUUAUCAAACGAUUUCGUAAUCCACAAAGUAGCAGAAGAAUGUACUGUAGGCUACUUAGUAGCGAGCAUCGACAAACAUCGACAUGGAUAGCUUCAACCCCCAAACUCUGCAGAGUGCUUGAGGCAGUGGGUGGCAUCCAAUCUCCUAUGCGAUAUCGACAAAAAUGGGCGUCGAAUACUCGUUUGCAUCUUAUUAGCUAUGUUAAAAAAGUUUGUAUCUUUAAUAGUUAUGUUAAAAAAGUUUGUAUCUUAUUAGCUGAAAAUAAAUUCAACAUUUUGCAUCUACAAAGUUGAAACAUAUCUUAAUUUGUUGUAGACAUUCUAUUCUUGUUUGCGAUC